CUAGUUUAAAUCCUGUCACGUGACGUUUGCCAGGUGAAUGGACAUAUAAACAAGAUGAAGCGCUUGCUUUAAAACAUGACUGCUUCCUUAUUCGGGUGGCAUGGGUAGAAAAUGGCUACAGAUUUAAAAAUUAUUAGUUUAUAAACUUGAAUAUGUCAAAUACAAAACCUGGACUUAAAGGAGGCGCCAGACGAGACUAUUAUGAUUCAGAGGAAAGUUCUGUAGACAGCAAACAAAUAAGAAUUUCCCGGGACUCUGGCAUCUACGAUGACAAAAGGGGAUAUUCCAGGACACCUUCUACGGGUACAGGGGUUACAGUGGAAACAACAGACAGCAAAAAGCUGAUAUUCGGAAAAGAUGAAAAUGAAGAUCGUGGAAACUGGUCAGGAAGAUUUGAUUUCCUUCUCUCACUUCUUGGAUAUGCUGUCGGCCUUGGAAAUGUGUGGCGUUUUCCUUACUUGUGCUACAGGAACGGGGGUGGUGCCUUUCUUAUUCCGUUUGUUUUGAUGAUGGGAUUGAUCGGUGUUCCCCUUUUCUUUAUGGAGGCAUCUCUUGGUCAGUUCUGUAGCAGUGGACCAAUGACAUGCUGGAAGUUUGCACCUAUGUUUAAAGGUGUUGGAAUUGCGAUGGUAUUGGUCUCUGGUUUUACAUCAUUAUACUACAACAUGAUCUUAGCUUGGUCGUAUUACUAUCUGUUUGUUUCAUUCACGAGUGAUCUACCCUGGGCUGACUGUAAUAAUCCAGAGUGGAAUACUGAAUUUUGUGCUGAUAAACUUCCUCUGGUCGACUGUGCUACUAGAACAAAGUAUCAGAAUGGAACAUGUUACAAUGGGGACAAAUUCAUCGGAUUGUGGAAUGAUACCAUGUUUACAGAAGUUACCGGACAUAAAAGGGUAUCAGCAGCUGAAGAGUACUGGACCAACAGAGCAAUAAAUAUGAGCUCUGGUAUCGAUGACUUCGGACAACCAAAAUGGCAGCUUGUUAUGUGCUUAAUGUUAGCGUGGAUAAUAUGCUUUUUGUGCCUAUUGAAGGGUAUUAAAACAACAGGAAAGGUUGUAUACUUCACAGCUAUAUUCCCGUUUGUUGUAUUGAUUAUUUUAUUUUUCCGUGGUGUAACACUGGAUAAUGCCGGUCAAGGUGUAUAUUAUUUCAUUGUUCCAGACUUCGAAAGGCUUUUAGACGCUCAGGUAUGGAAAGAUGCUGCUGUACAGAUAUUCUUUUCUAUGUCUAUUGCUGGAGGUGGAUUAGUAACAUUGUCUAGUUAUAACAGAUUCCAUAAUAACAUACUCAAGGAUUCUUUAAUAGUAUGCGUAGGAGAUACAUUAACCUGUAUUUUUGCUGGAUUUGUGAUUUUCUCUUUUCUGGGUUACAUGGCUGGUCAAAUGAACUUGCACGUGAAAGAUGUUGCUAGAGAUGGUGCAGGCCUUGCAUUUGUGGUUUACCCUGAGGCAGUCACCAGUAUGCCAGGAGCGCCGUUUUGGUCCAUUUUAUUUUUCUUAAUGCUGAUUACAUUAGGGCUUGACAGUCAGUUUGCCAUGUUAGAAACUGUCCUGACAGGUGUGACUGACCAAUGGCCACACUUAAGACAACAUAAAACAAUAGUUAUACUCCUCAUUUGUUCUCUCUUUUUUCUUGUCGGUCUUCCACUCACAUGUCCGGGUGGUAUAUAUCUCUUGCAAAUACUAGAUAAUUAUGUAGGAGGUUGGACUUUAUUAUUAAUAGGUUUUGCAGAAUGUAUGUGCCUUACAUAUGCAUAUGGUGUAAAUAGAUUCAUGAAAGAUAUUGAAGUAAUGCUGGGAUUCAAGAUAUGGCUUGUGUGGAAAAUAUUAUGGAUGAUCAUAAGUCCCUUAGUUUUACUGUUUAUUUUCGUUUUUACAUUUGUUGACUAUGAAUCGUCAACGUAUGGUGACUAUAAGUUUCCUGGAUGGGCUGAUGGUAUAGGAUGGUUUCUUGCUGUUAUGAUGGUUAUCCCUAUACCUAUUGUUAUAUUGUACAAAAUUGGCUAUGCUGAUUCCUACUUAUCAGUUAGGGAGAAAUUAAGUAUGUUGACUUCACCUUCUGAUGAGUGGGGUCCUGCACUAGUUAAGCAUCGCAAAUUGGUGACCUAUGUGGAUGAUUGGGUAUUAGACCCCUGGGCAGAAAGAGGGGCUUAUCUGAACAAAGGAUAUAGUACACCAACUACCUAUGCAUCGUCUAGGGCAUCCAGCAUUUAUUCUAUACCUGGUUUCAAAGCAAAGUCAACAGGAGAGUUAUCAGAGGCUGGUAUUUCUAGAAUUACUUCAUUAACUUUUGAAUCGACAGUAUGAUAGUUUCAGCAUUGCACUCAUGUUACCCACUAUUGUACAUCGUAAAGUAUAACAUUGCUGCUGGGAAUGUGGCACAGAAAGACGUAUUGUUACUGGUCGUUCUUGUCUAAUAAUCAAUCAAAUAUCAGAAUCCAUGACAUAGAAAUGAUCGUAUAAGCUUAACCCGAAUAAUUCAGUCGUUAUAUUCCGCUGAUCUACGAUUACUUCAUUAACGCCUGAAUGCAUAGACACUAAAAACAUCUUCAAUCAAUCAAUCGGAAUUAGCUCGGGAUUAACCUAACUCGAUAAAAUUGAGCUCUACUACAGUGCACCAAUCAAAAUUCAGGAUUCGUGAAGAGUUUUUAUCGUGUUAGGAAUUCAGGCCCUCGCAAGUAGGAGAGAUCAAUUACGGGGAGGGACUGAAUUAUUCGGGUUAGUAUAAGCUCUCCUUUAAAAUGAAAUUCAUUGUCAAUGUGUAACAUUCUGCAAUUCAAUUUGACUAAUAUCUUUUGAUAUCAAUAUAUGAUUUUAAACAUGUAACAUGAGACUGUGUUUAUAUGUAUUUAUAGUCUGUACAGUUUUAUUUGAUUUAUUUCAGGAAACCUUAAAUUAUUAUGUACUUUGUAUUGAAGAAAGGAUGCAUAAUGUUAACUUUCGUAGCUUAGCAUUUUUUUUUAAACUUAUGACACUACUUAAAUUUUAACUUCUUUUUCAAAAUCCCGGUGUAAUAUAGAAGAUUGGACUAUAUAUUCAAAUGGGGGAGUAUUUGUUCCUUUUACUUUUUUCAUUUUUAGAAUAAUAUUUUGAUAUUUUCAAAUGUGUUUCCAUGUUUCGUUUUAUAUAAAGUUGAUUUGCGACAUCUUUUUUUUCUCGUUGAUGAAUUCUGUUCUAACAGAUUUUACUGUGAGCUUUUUGUUUGUUUUUUUGUUGAUUUUUUUAAUAUUUUAGGUUUUUUAUCUUUAUUUUUUAAAUCGCCAAAUAACUGCUGAAUAACAAUUCGAAUCUGAAAUACAUGAUUCUUUUACAUGAAUUCAUGCCACUUGAUAUGUAAUAUAGACAAAAAUAACCCAUGUGAUUACAAUCGGAACCUUUUAUAUAUACAUGAAUGUAUUAACACUAUUGUCAUAUGCAAUUAUAUGAAAUGAUUUUUAUAUUAAAAAAUGAAUAAUGUC